CUAUCAAGCUUUUCUCAUUAUCACAGAGUCCGUCCCGUGAUAGUGCCACCGGGGACAGCCGAUUUGCAGAAACCUCAGAAGUGGUUUUGACGGGGAAGGUGCUAAACGUUGAACCGUUGGGGCCGAGGACUCUGCUCGCGAGGGCGAUAAUUGAAGUGGACUGCAUCUACAAAACCCCGCGGGUAGUUAACGUUCAGAACAUAAUAACAGUGGAAGGUGUGAGCACGCAUAUAACUUCCUGCCUAAGUGUUGUCAAGAGCUACACUCGAUACAUUUUCUUUCUUAGUUCUACUUCAGAUGAUUUAAAGUAUAAUAUCGACCACCAAUACGAACAGAAAGGAGCAUUACAGCUAAAAAAAAACACAGACCUAUCUGCUAUCUUAGAAGUUUCUUAUCAGUCUAGCUUUCAACCUCAAGGCAGAAUGUGUCAUCAAAAUUGCGUAGAAGUAUCCGAAUGGUCCGAAUGGGGCAACUGUGAAGCUAGCUGCGGAAAGAGUGUUAUGAAGCGUAGUCUCAAGCUUCCCCUGGGAACCAGAGUCAGAAAAAGACAUGAUUGUUCUAAAGUUGAAGAAAGGGCAUUAUGUGAGGUUUGUCCGUGCGAGGAGCCGAUAAGAUCCCUGAGUAACAUAUACGAGCUGGAAAAGCCUAUAGAAACUUAUUUCGUGCAUGAUGGAUGUCAAAGUACGGAGGUUGUGAGAAACAAGUGGUGUGUCGGGCUCUGUGAAGACCACAACAGUGAGAACGUACCAAUAAGAUGGGGAGUGGAAACAUUCCGAAUGAUUUGCUAUGACGGCAGAGUGGUAUUUUAUAAUGUAGCUAUAAUCCAAGAAUGUGGCUGCGUAAGACAGAAUGUUAAUGUCAAUGAUGACGAUAUCAUCAAUAGUCUGUUUGGUUUUAGUUGACGAGAUGGUCUCUCUGAAGUUAUCUUCCCUGGAAUGAUCGUGAUAUGCACUACACAUUGUUACCGUUGUUUAAAAGCUAAGCCUAUACUAGGACACCAAUUCAAGAAGAAGAAAAAGACUUAAAGAAAUUCUUUGAUUCCAAUCAGAAUUCAGACCAAAAAGAUCAAAAAACACUCGUUGGUUAUUUAAAACUUGUAAAUAACACUUAUGAUUAAAAAAUAAAGAACUUGAUGAUACUUUGAACGAUUUCAAGUUUAUUUAAAGUCGCUGAAUGGACAUCGAAAAGUGAAAUUGUUUAUUUGGUUAUUUGUUUGGUUGAAAUGAAACGUUAGCUUUAGAACCUUAAAAUCCUAGGAUAGUACCAAAGCAAGAUUAAUAUUUACAGUUUUAAAAAGUAUCAUGAUUUUAACCAUGGCAUUGUGGAUUUUAUUCAGUGCAACCUAUUUAUUGCAACUUACUUAAGACUUCCAGUGAUGAUUUAAAAGGCAUAAAACUCAGUAGGACUUCAAUAGUAGGACUUCGAUUGGAGUCGCAUUGUGUGUACAGUACAUUCUAAAUAUUGCUAUGAGUCCUUUUAAAGAACUGAAAAGCUACAAUCUACAAUGCAAGAUCAUACCUGGUAUUUGUGAAACGUCAAAUCACGUGACGGACCACGUGACGAACCACGUGACGGACCCUCCCAAUGGCGUCUAUCGUCGUAUCCUGCCAAAAGUUGGAUUAUAAUAACAGGCAAAGCAUUGACAAACACCUGCAUUAUUGUACCACUAAGCUCUAGUCACAUCCGGUAGUCCGACACGUUGAAAUUGAAGUGGUUAACGGUGAUUUAUGGCGAUUAACGGUGAUUUGUUGUGAUUAACGGUGAUUUGUUGCGAUUAACGGUGAUUUGUUGCUAACCGUUUUUAAUUCCAUUAGUUGCACUAGAAAUUAUGCGGUAAGUCCGUUAAAGACGCGGCAGGUCAAUGUAAUCAUGUUUAGGUGCAGCUUUAUGUUCUGGCUAGUAGCUUUUGUCGCAGUGCAAAUGUUAUGUGAAUUCAUACCCAUAAUUACAAAAUUAGUGAUAACAAAGUCUUACAUGAAUCGGUAAUAUCGGCAUGUUCCACAUUUGUCCAGUUAAAAAUAAGAUUUCAUCUCAAGAUCAGAAAAGCAUCACGGAUCCUUUUUUACCAUAACAGUUGGUGAUGAUCGACUGAAACAGAAUGUCAUUGUUUGAACGGCAUUAUUGUAAUUUUGUAAUCGCUUUGGUAGAUCCUAAUGUUGUGUAGAUCAAUGCUUUGUUGUCUGAAAAAUGUUUAUUAGUUACCGAGAUAUGCACUGGACUCCAAUGUCUUAUUUUGAAGUGACCGACUUGCACUCACUGCAGCCCCUUAUAAAAUAUAAUUUCAUUUGUUUUUCGUCUUCGAAGAAGAAUACUUAGAAAACAUAUUUAGUAACUUUUCAUCAUUUUAGGUUUAGGUGAUAUUUGUACAUAAAUUACCUUAUUGGCGAUUAUAAUAUCAGUUUGAAUAUAAGAACCAUAAACACCUUCUUUU